CACCAACCAAGCUCAGGAACCAAUUAAGAAGAUGAAGCUUCAGUUUUUCGCAACUGUGCUACUCCCUGCUUGCCUUUUGGCACUUCUCCACGGAGCCGAAGCCAAACAGGCAGACGGUCUCCGCCAGAUAAUCAAGUCCCGAAGGACUCACAAAAGCUUCGGGGACAAAUUUCACGAACACGGGGAGAAAGGGUAUUCUCAGGUGUACUUUACGACGCAAGAGGGCUCCAUGGAUGGUGACAGGCUGGGUACAAUUCCUGGUCAACCAAAUGGGGUGAAUUUUAGCCAAUACGCAGGCUAUAUCACGGUUGAUCCAAACGCUGGAAGAGCACUUUUCUACUACUUUGUGGAGUCACCGGAGAACUCUUCCACCAAUCCUCUGGUUUUGUGGCUGAACGGAGGACCAGGAUGUUCCUCCCUCGGGUAUCGAGCAAUGGAGGAAUUAGGACCUUUUAGAGUAAAUGCUGAUGGUCUAACCCUUUUCCUGAAUCCUUAUGCAUGGAACAACGGUAAGAAAGAAUGCAUUCCCAUUCGGCCAUUCCCCUGUUUUUCAACAACGUUCUCAGAAUUAAUCAUGCUACUUCCUAUGCAACAACUGGAGAGAUUCCCACAAUACAAAUCCAGAGACUUUUACAUCACCGGGGAGAGCUACACCGGCCAUUAUGUCCCUCAGCUCGCCAUGACCAUUCUUACUAACAACCAGUACACAAAUCAAACCGUCAUUAAUCUUAAAGGCAUAGCAGCAUAUAUGGAAGUGGGCAAAAUUGAUUUUUAUAACAUUUAUGCUCCACUUUGCCUAGAUCCUGCAAAGAACAUUGGAAAACCCGGUUCUAUUGAUAAAUUUGAUCCCUGCACAGAUAAUGAUGUGUAUAAUUAUCUGAAUACUCCAGAGGUGCAAAUGGCUUUCAAUGCAAAGCCAACAAAAUGGGAUUUUGGCCGGAAUUUUGCCUGGACUGAUAGUCCCAUGACCAUCUUACCUAUAAUUCAGACUCUCAUAUCAAGUGGCAUGAGGGUUGGAGGAUAUGUUGAGGAAUAUGAAGGGCUGACAUUCGUCACAGUGAGAGGGUCUGGACAUAUGGUUCCUAGCAACCAACCGGAGCGCUCUCUCACCAUGUUUUCCUCUUUCCUUCAAGGAACUUUACCGCCGUUGCAGUGAUCAUCCUGGCUGUUCUUGUAUUGUUGAUAAGUUGAAUAACUAAUACUAUUUUCCUAAUAAGUUUUCUUUUUUCCCCAAUGUAUGACGCGAAAUAACCACGUCCUGUAAAAGGAUACAAAUUAAGAUGACUCAAUAAAAUUGGUUUUGGUCUCUGUAUGCAAUGCAUACUUUGGGAUAAAACAGGUUAACUGUU